AUGAGUGUUUCCGUACCAAAGAAAUCUGAACCCCCAAAGAUCUCUGAUUUAAUUGAUUUUUGUCCCACCCUUAAUUUGUACUUAAAGCCCAUAGCUCGAGUGUGUAUUACAGUUCAGAUCCCUCUUCUUCAUGAUACAUCUGGUCAGUUAAAGUCAUUCACUACAUGGGAGAUCAUUGAAAAAAUCCGGCAACUAUGUCCUGGAAUUCUUGCUCCAUCCACUGUUAUGAAAGUAGUCCACACUACGUUGGAAUUUGUUAGAUUCGCUGUUGACUUGGAAAACAAAACAGACGUGAGGCGCGUGGUUACAAGUUUGGAAAGUCAGUUUAUCAAGUUAAGUGGAUUUCCACAAAAUCUUCGUGUUCGCGCAAGUGAAGCUCCAUAUGACUGUCCAAGACGUCAUGAUUGGGAGGCGUUUUUCCGUGAUGCUCAAAAUAUGGAUGAAACUAAAUCUGGUGAGAGGCCUGAUACUCUUGUACUCACUGGUCUUCCUAUCAGAUGGUUUGCUAGUGGAUCACACAACAGACCACGAUUUCGCGUUAAUAGUGAUGACACUAAUAGCAGCUAUUUAUCUCUUUUGGUCGAUGAAGAAAAACCUGAUCCUUCGAUUGUAAAAGAAGCAUUUGAAGUAUUUGGAAAAAUUCGGGAGAUCGAUAUUCCAAUGUUAGAUCCUUCACAAAAUCCUGAUUGCUUGGAAGAUUAUAUAAAUAGCAAUGAAACUUUAAAUAGUUCGUGUAAUACAUUAAAAACUGACACUACAGUUGAAUAUUCAUUCCGUAAUCAAUCUGGUUGUACAGAGGAGUAUAUUGGUGGGUUCGGAAAAAUUGGCCCGGAUACAAUUGGAAUUUUAAAUCCAACUAUACAACACAGUGUAACUAAUUCGUCUUCAGCGGACACUGACAAAUCAAAAGUAUCUCAUUUGAUGAAGUCGAAAAAAUCCAAUAUAUUGACUAGUCCAACUAAUACAAGUGUUGGUAGUCCACUUACAUUUAUAGCAUAUGUACAAUAUAUGGAUUAUACUGGAUUUAGCCGUGCUAUGGACAUGCUGCGUGGUCAGAAACUUGUUUAUGCUCCAACUUAUCGAAGUCAGUCAUCAGCAUUGGCGGAUCAGAAUGAAAAGUUGUACUAUGCAGCUGAAAUUAAGAUUGAUUUUGAUCGAACUAAACAUUUAUCACCAGAUUCUAUUCAUGCAAGACAAAGCAAACGAAAUCAACUACUCAUAGUUGCUGAACGUAGACGUGUUGAAGCAAGAACUAUAGCUGAAGCAGAACGUGAACGCUUACGUCUUUUAGAAGAUUCAGAACGUAAAGCUGUAGAACGACGUGAAGCAGAAGCAUUAGCCGCUGAAGCUGAGCGUAUAGCGAAGCGUGCUGCACGAGAAGAAAGUAAACGACAAAUUGCAAUAGAUCGGUGUAAAAGAAUCAAAGAAGAGUUACUUAAAAAGAAAAUAUCCCUCGAAGAAUACCGUCGUAUAGUGGCCAUACGUAAAGUGGAAGGUAUACGAUUAAUGACUUUUUUACUAGCGAAAAUACAGGCUCGUCAUGAUUUAAUCGUGGCUACUAGACGUCUUGCUCGUAUCUCAAAAGCAGAGAAAGCUUUAGCCGAAGCAGAAGCUAAUGUCAAUGUUGCCUUAUCUAAUACAUCACAUAAUAAUAGUAAUAUUCAAACAACACCAGAUAAAGCUGAUAAUCAGUUAGAGAUAUGCGAAGAAAAAGAUUUCAAUAAGAUUUGUUCACAAUCUGGUUUACCACCCCUAGUUAAUUCUUCUCCUGAAUCUACUGAAGAUGAAGUCGGACAAAACUCACAAUUUCAACAAUUAUUAAAUAAACGUGAAGAGUUUCUACGAAAUAAUUUGUUGCGUAAACGAGCUGAAAUAUUACGAACACAAAUUUAUGAACGAUCAAUCAUGUGCAAUCCAACUUUUCCUGGGUAUAGAGGACGCAUUCAACUAGAUCGAGAAAAAUAUUGA